CUCAUUCUCAAAACUCACUUCAAAAAACAGUUCAUCAAAACACAACUCCCAACUAACAUUUUCUCCAUCUCUAGACACUUCUAACAUCUUCAUUAAUUUACUGUCAGAUUUCUCAUCUCCAAACCAUAUAAUUCUUGUGAUCUUUUCGGUUUUCAUCAUAUAAAUCGGCUCCCAACUUCAUUAGGCUUAUACAACAGGUACUAGCUAGCAGUCUUCAAUGGCUGAGAUUGAUAUUCCACCCUAUUUUCUUUGUCCGAUCUCUCUAGAAAUCAUGAGAGAUCCAGUAACAGUAUCAACAGGAAUCACAUACGAUCGUGAAAAUAUUGAGAAAUGGUUGUUCACCGGGGAUAACACCACUUGUCCCGUUACGAAACAGGUAUUGUUAUUAGAGACUGAUCUAACUCCAAACCAUACUCUUAGAAGAUUGAUUCAAGCUUGGUGUACUAUGAAUGCUAUCGAUAGAAUACCAACACCGAAACCACCAGUCGAUAAGAUGCAAAUCGUUAAACUGCUAAACAAUGCAAAGUCGUCGGUCCAGUCGCAGAUGAGAUCUCUUCGAAUGUUAAGAUCUAUUGCUUCCGAAAGUGAUCGUAACAGACGCUGCAUGGAAUCAGCUGGAGCGGUUGAAUUCUUGGCAUCACUUGUAAAGGUGACUAGUUCUGCAGCCAUUGAGAAGAAUAUGGGCGAUAACACCAGUAAUGAGCAGGUAACUAGCGUUAGCGACGAAGCAUUAAGUAUUCUGCAUUACCUUCAAGUUUCAACGACAGGUCUAAAGAAUCUCAUGGGAAAAAACAUCGACUUCGUUGAAGUUUUGAUGCAAAUAUUACGUAAUGGAAACUACCAAUCCCGGGCAUACGCAGCAUUAUUACUAAGGCCAAUGUUUGAAGUAGCUGAUCCAAAUCAUUUGAUUAGUUUAAAACAAGAACUAUUCGUUGAAGUGGUCCGUUGUUUACGUAGUCAAAUAUCAAACCAAGCUUCAAAGGCUUCGAUACAGAUCUUAGUAGAGACAUGUAAAUGGGGAAGAAACAGGAUUAAAGCAGUCGAAGCCGGUGCAGUAUCGGUUUUGAUCGAGUUUCUUCUUGAAACAACCGAUAAAAGAGCCUGUGAAAUGAUACUGACCGUUCUAGAUCAACUAUGUGGGUGUGCCGAAGGAAGAGCAGAGUUGCUAAAACAUAGUGCAGGGCUUGCUGUUAUAUCGAAAAAGAUUCUUAGGGUUUCGCAUUUGGCAAGUGAGAAGGCAGUGAAAAUUCUUCACUCAGUUGCUAAAUUUUCUGCAACUCCUAGCGUCCUUCAAGAAAUGUUAGCAGUGGGUGUUGUUGCAAAAUUAUGUUUAGUUCUUCAAGUCAACUCUACAACCAGAACUCUUGAGAAGGCCAAAGAAAUUCUUAAGUUGCAUUCUAGGGUUUGGAGAAGCUCCCCUUGCGUACCUCGGAAUCUGCUCUCUUCUUAUCCCUCUUGUUGAUCUCCACAUAAGAAUAUUUUUUAUUUUUGUUAGAUUUCUUAUAAUUUUUUUUUGUAGAUAUCAUUGAAUGAAACAAUAUGUAAAAAUGGAUAUGAAAAUCAUAUCUAGAAACAAAAAUAUGUUACCGAACAUACAAAAUGAAACAGUUUUUUUUUCUUCA